AUGGAAUGUGAUGUUCUGGAGAACAGGGAAAUUGGAAUUGCAGCUGAGGAUUACCUCCCCAGCAGAACUGAGUGUGGUCUUUUUGGGAGAAAGCUUUUGAUGGAACAAGUUGGGAAAAGAGUGUUAGAAGGAAACAAAGAAACAGUUGCUGAUACUGCUUGCUCCUGUUCCCAGACCUUAUACUAUUCCGGCUGUGCUCCCACAUCUCUCAGGUUCCUUUGUAGCUCCUCUUACACUAUCAUGAGAUUCUUUAACCCUCCAAAAGGCAAAGGAGAAAACAAUGUGGGGCUGACUGGAUCCAGUGAAUGUCAGUCUCCUACCAGAGUUGUGGUACAGUAUCUGGACCACUCUCUGCAGAUAAGAAGACUAAGUGAGAGGGAGAUAAAGAAGAGAUGGCUGAAGACAGAUACUUGGGCAACAUCCAUACAUCCAGGAGAGAAGGAGAAUAACGAACCAAAGAAGGAGAUAAAGACCCAUCAAAGGGUCCUGGGGCUCAACAUGCUCCGAGCAGCCCAAUUGGUCCAUGGGAUUCGAAACUGGAGCAGUAUCUGGCCGCUAAUAAGUCCCUCCCCCUCAGCAACUACUCGUUUCCUUUCCUCAUUGGCCAUGAAGAUCAGGAAAUAUAGGAAAAUGAAGAAUGUGACGGAGCCUCCUAACUGGAAACAAUUGUACCAGGAGCGCUUUAUCCCCUUGUCUAAGCACCAGCUGCUGCAGCAUCUCCAACAGGAGUUUCACUCCAGUCCUUCGGAAGAGGCUGCUCUCCGCGAGUUUGCAUUCCAAAUUGACUUCUACAUUUUCUAUCAGUAUAGACACAUGUUAACCCAGAUGCAGACGCUCUACCACUCCAUCCACAGGGAUCCAGAUAAUCUCAACCAACCUCUGCAGAAUGAUCUCCAGCGCCAGUACAAAGAACAAGAAGUUCUUGCGGCUCUGGAGCCCCUACUAGAGCAGGCCAACUUCUCCCUUCUGUCAGAGGAAAUUGUGGCUUUUUCUAUGGCUGUGCAGCACCCUCAGGACGCGGUAAAGGUGAGAGCCAACCUGGAACAGUAUGCCUUUGUUCGGUUUUGGGCCCUGGGCCAGCGCAAGGGGAUGAUCUACAACAAAGGGUUAAUGGACUUCACUAAGCUGCGACCUGUAGAAAGGAGCUAUUUUAAGCGGGUGGUGGUGGCCGCACAGAGGAAGCAGGGACACUUGGUACUCAAGAGUUUCAAGGAUGUUCCUCUGGAUUGCCUGGAGUACUUGUUGCCUGGGGUGAAGGCGCAGACGCCCAAGCUUCAGCUACUCCUGCUCAAUUCUAUGGUCAUAAUGUCGGGUCUGGUAGCUUUCAUCAAUGUGGGUAUGGAGGCAGCGUCUUAUCUCCAUAUGGCUACCUCUUUGCUCCUGCUGCUCUUUAUUGCUAUUAUGGGGCACCGGACCUUCCGGAUAUUCUCUCAGAGGCGGAAGCUCGAUACUCUGAAUCUGAUCCAUCUGCUGUAUUACCUUACCGCCUCGUCCAAUUCUGAACUAAUCGCUACUCUGGUGCUCAGGGCACAAGAAGAGCACAUCAAGGAGGUUCUGCUGGCCCACAGCUUCUUAAGAACGAGAGGUGAUGUGCCUCUAGAGGAGCGUGACCCACAGUGGCUAAAGAAAAAUGUGGAGAGCUGGCUCUUGACUCGCCUGGGCUUCCAAGUGAGCUUCAAUGGGGCCCGAGCAUUGAAUCACCACAACGUUCUUCUUGCUAACAUGGCCUUGGCACCUCUGCCCAAGUUUUUCAAUGAUCCUAACCCCAUUUGGAUCCCCCAGUGCCCCAAACCUCUGGACCCUCUUCAGAUCCAGCACUUCAGGGAAUGA